AUGAGUUCCGGCACGGAGACAUUCCUGCCAGCCUGGCGUCCGCAGCAGAUCCGGCGCUUAUCCAUGCGCAAUCGCGCAGCGGCAGAUGCCAGGAGCCGCCCUGCAAUCGAUCUCGAGGUGUGCGGCUCGCAAAACCUGCACAUGUCGCGGCCAAGCCGGCUGUGUCCAAAGUCUUCGGGCAUGUUCAUCAAGGCCUCACCUCGCAGGUCGAGUUGUGAACUUCAGUGGCUGCCAGCGGAAGCUCCAGCACUGGAAGCAGGCAGCCCUUGCUCAGACUGCUCAGUCCCCCCUGUGGACAGCUUCGCCACUCGCUUGGCGGCGCCGCUUGCGAGGGCUUUGGUGGAGCACUUCGGCUCUCUCGACCGGGCCUUCGCUGCCGUGGCACGUGGCAGCACAGGCCGCCUGCGCAGGGAUGAUUGGCUGCGUGAGCUUGAGCCACUGCAGGACCAGAUCGAAGACAUUGGCCCCUCGCUGGGCAAGUUCUUCACCAUGAUACAGGCGGUGGGCACUGCGCGUGUCGCGGACGUGGUGACGUGCGAUGACUGGCACAGCUUCUUCUUCCAGUGCUUGGCCGGUAGCCAUGCGGAGAGGCUCCUCGACCAGGACCUCGGCCCGCGCCGCCAUUCCUGUCCGCCACGACCACGCCCGCCAACGCUGGCGACGGCCGACUGUGGGAAGGAACAGCGGAGUCCAGGCUCGAACGAGCUUAAGGUCCUGAUGUCCCCCGAGCAGGUGCAAUUGGAGCUGAAGAGGCGUUACUCUUCCACUGGCUGCUGCUCGCUCCACUUGACUCACUUGAGUCAAUUGAGGGUUUCGCAGCAUGGCUACAAUUGCUCGGCCCCUCUCGCCGAGUUGGCUGCCCAAGGCCCUCCGCAAGUCUGA